AUGAGGCCUCUCGACGAGAAGGAGACAACGCAAGUAUUCGAGAAGCUGUUCAAAUUCACAGGGCCGAACCUGAAGCACCUCCUGGAUCGCCCCGCGGUGCAGGGCCCCGACGCGGAGCCCGGCCGCUACUGCCUCCGCCUCCACCGCAACCGCGUCGACUACGCCUCCGAGGCGCUGGUCCGCCGCGCCACCGCCGUGUCGCGCCCGCGCCUCGCCGGCGUGGGCACGCCCAUCGGCAGGUUCACCCACCACGGCGCGUUCCACCUCACGGCCCACGCGCUCGACCUCCUCGCCGCGCACGCGCGCCGCCGCGUCUGGCUCAAGCCCGACACCGAGCGCUCCUUCCUCUUCGGCAGUUCCGUGCCCAAGUCCUCCCUCGCGCGCGUCACCGAGAACGCCAAGGCCGGGGACGGGGUGGUCGUCAUGUCCAUGGCCGACGUCCCGCUCGGGUUCGGCAUCGCGGCGAGGUCGGCGCAGGACUGCAGGAAGGCCGACACCAGCGCCGUCGUCGUGCUGCACCAGGCGGGCGCCGGGGAGUACCUCCGCGAGGAGGAGGAGCUCAUGUGA